AUGUCCAUCUCUUUCUUCCGGGUCCUUUCUCUCUUUUCCUUUUUCUCUUCGUUCAUCGCCGCGAAUGGCCAGAACAUCAACUCUUCGACGAGCUCUGCUGGUGCAACCUAUGGAAGUUUGAGUGGCUCGCCCCCUGUCGAUAUCGGCUUAACGGGCCUUUCCGAUGUGCAGUAUUUGGUUGAUAUUGUCCUAGGUGGUCAAACCUUCAGGGUCACUGUCGAUACCGGCUCGACGGACCUAUGGCUGGACCUAAAAGGCAUCGAAAUCCAAGUGUCCAACACCACCGAUCUCAUUGUCGACACCCCUUACGCCAUCGGAGAUGUCAAAGGCAAUGUGCUGUUCUCUGAGCUGCGUAUCGGGCCGUAUGUCAUCCCUCAUCAAGCCUUCAUCAACGCAACAAAUGUGACCGGCAUAAGUGAAGGCACACAAGGCUUGAUGGGCAUGGCUUUCGACACCACAGCAAUAUGGUGGGGCAUGGCGGACGCCUGGAGCAAUGACACCGCGAACGAGCUCGCGCGCGGCCCUAUGUCCAACCUCAUUGCCCAGAACGCUUCCGCGCCCGGCUUCUUCGACCUGCGCCUCGGCCGCACGUACGCGAACGGCACCGAGCUGAACGGACACAUGCUCAUAGGCCAGCACCUGGAGGGUGCGGAGGCGGUCGACUCGGCACUAAAGCUCGAACGCGUUGAUCUUCAUCAUUGGACUGUCGCGAUGGACGCUAUGAACAUCAACGGGCAGCCGUUCACUGGCUGGAAUAAGUCCAAGGUCGCUGGCGUGCCCGACGGCAAGGUCGCAGCGGUCUUCGACUCUGGGUUCACUAUGUCCUCUUUUCCUAGGGAGGUUGUCGAUGCCAUCUACGGAUCCAUCCCGGGCGCGGUCAAAUACAACAGCAGCAUUCUCAGCACCCCAUGGGAGGCCGGAAUGGACAACUGGAUCGUCCCUUGUAACGCCAGUGCCAACAUCUCCUUCGUCUUCGCCGGCCAAGAGUACCCCAUCCACCCGCUCGACGUCGUCCAGUUCAUCACCAGCCCCCUGAUCAAGGAGACGGAUGGUAUCAGCGUCGUCGCUAACGCGACCCUCUGCACCAACCACUUCUUCGCGGGCAAGCAAGACGACACGUACGACAUCUUGCUCGGCAUGGGCUUCCUCCGCAAUGUCUACGGCUCGUUCCACUACGGCAACUACACGCCGCCUGGCACCAACAUCACCGGAGAGCUGCCGUACGUGCAGCUACUCUCCGUAACCGACAAGGACGCCGCCUGGGGCGAGUACUAUGAGUACUAUACGCAGACGGUUCUCCAGGGAUCGCCAGAGAUGGACCCCGCCACCUGGGUCAAGUUCAUCUCCGACAACGACAGCGACAACAACGAUGAUUCCAACUCCAGUGCCACCCCCGUAGGAGACCUCGAGGUCGCCGGCGCCGUGGCCGACGGGUCUGGUGACUCGUCCUCGAGCAACUCGGACAGCAACAAGUACGGGCCUAUUGCACUCGGCCUGCUUGGCGCGAACGUUGCAAUCGGGAUUGCGGUUUUCGCGGUGACGCUUACAAUGUGCGUCCGGAGCGCGAAGGGGAAGCGUGAGGCGCGGUAUGCGCCUCUUCGCCUGCCAAAGGAUGCUGGCGUCGCUGACCCCGAGGGCGCCCCGCUGUACAUUGACUAG